GACCAUUUUUACAACUGGGCCCACCCUGUGCUGUUUCUCCAAGUAGGGGGGGAAGAGAGCACCGGGUGCUGCUGCAUUCCUGCUUCACCCCAACAUGAUGACCCCACUGCUCCCUGUUCUGAGCACUCCUGGCAGCUGGGGAAGGGGCCCCAUUGUUCCGGGGUCCCCCAUUGAUCUGCAGUCUCCAUUGAUUCCAGGUCUCCCAUUUAUUUGGAGUCCCCCAUUGAUCUGGGGACCCCACUGAUUCCAGGUCUCUGACGGGUGUGUGUAUCCCAUUGAUCUGGGCUCUCCCAUUGGUUCAGGGUCCCCCACCGAUCUGGGCUCUCCCAUUGAUUCAGGCUCUCCCACUGAUGCAGAAUCCCCCACUGAUCCGGAGUUCCCCAUGAAUCCAGGGUCCCCCACUGAUCCGUGGUUUCCCAUUGACACAGCGGAGCUCCCUGAGGACCCCGGGAUCUCCCUGAGCUCGUCCUCUCCUUCCUGGCACCCACCACCCUACAUCCCUGGGCAAGGGCAGGGUGGGUUCCACCCGCUCGCCCCUUCCCCACCACCCCUCUGCCUCCGGGCGCGAUGACUCACAGCAAUUUGCCUGUUAAGGGCGGGCUCGGCGGGGAGGAAGCAGAGGAGGAGGAGGCCGCUCCUUCGGCCUCGCUGGCUCCUCCCGCUCUCGCUCGGGGCUCCGACGCCCAGCCAAAAGCGAAUCGGGGCGGUGAAGCUCGGCAGAGGCUCCUACGGCUCCCGGCCCCGCUCCUCACCCCGACGUCUCAUCCCGCGCGCGUCCGCCCGCAGCCAUGGCAAGGAACCACCAAGUGCAGAAGGCCAAGCUGGCCGAGCAGGCCGAGCGCUACGAGGACAUGGCGGACUUCAUGAAGGCGGUGGUGGAGCACGGCGACGAGCUGUCCAACGAGGAGCGCAACCUCCUCUCCGUCGCCUACAAGAACGUGGUGGGCUGCCAGCGCUCGGCCUGGAGGGUCAUCUCCAGCAUCGAGCACAAAACCGAGGAGGGCGACGACAAGGCGCAGCUGGUGAACGAGUACCGGGAGAAGGUGGAAGAGGAGCUGAAGGGCGUCUGCAACGUGGUGCUGGGCUUGCUGGAGAAGCACCUCAUCAAGAAGGCCGGCGACGCCGAGAGCAAGGUGUUCUACCUGAAGAUGAAGGGAGACUACUUCCGAUACCUGGCCGAGGUGGCCGCCGGCAACGACCGCAAGGAGACGAUUGACAGCGCCCAGAAGGCGUACCAAGAGGCCAUGGACAUCAGCAAAAAGGAGAUGCAGCCCACGAACCCCAUCCGCCUGGGGCUGGCCCUCAACUUCUCCGUCUUCCACUACGAGAUCGCCAACGCUCCCGAGCAGGCCAUCUCGCUGGCCAAGACCACCUUCGACGAGGCCAUGGGGGACCUGCACACGCUCAGCGAAGACUCCUACAAGGACAGCACCCUCAUCAUGCAGCUGCUCAGGGACAACCUGACGCUAUGGACAGCCGAGUGCGCGGGCGAAGACGGCGGCGAGGCUGGCGAAGAGCCCAAGAACUGAACGGCCCCCACGCAGCUGGGGACCGGCCCCCACCUCCUUCCUCCUCCCCUCCCUUCUAGACAGCCCCCCCCCCCCCUUCCC